AAACUACCGCCUGCCUACAGCCUAUAUUGAUUUUUGAAUGAUGCAAUUACUUGUUACAUCCUAAAAUCAAAUUUUAAAGUACUUUGUCUUUUUUAAUACAUACACACGUAUAAAUAUCCUUUAAAUUAUGGAGACUGCUGAUGAUUUUAUACCAAGAGCUUAUCAACUUGAACUAUUUGAAACUGCAUGUAAACAAAAUACUAUUAUUUAUUUACCAACGGGUGCUGGAAAAACAUAUAUCGCUGUUAUGCUUAUAAAAGAAUUAAGUGGUGAUUUACAAAUAUCUUAUGAUAAAGGUGGUAAAUGUACUGUAUUCGUAGUAAAUACGGUACCUUUAGUUAUGCAACAAAGUGAAUAUAUUAGAAGAUUAACUGGUUUUCCUUGUGCUUCAUUAAGUGGUGAUAUAGGAAUUGAUGAUUGGAGUGCUAUAGAAUGGAAUGAACAAUUAAACAAGUUUAAGGUUUUAGUAAUGACAUCACAAAUUUUAACAAAUGCCCUUCUUCAUGGAUAUAUACUUUUAAAUAAAAUAAAUCUAAUUAUUUUUGAUGAAUGUCAUAGAGCAGUGAACAAUCAUCCUAUGAGGCAAAUUAUGCAAUUCUUUCAAUAUCAUCCUAAAGAAGAACAACCAAAAAUAUUAGGACUCUCAGCAACAUUACUAAAUCAUAAUGCAAAGUCACAAAACAUUUCAACAUUAAUUAAGUCUUUAGAAGUUACAUUUCAUGCAAAAAUAAUUACAACACAAUCAGUACUUCAAAAUUACUGUACAAAUCCACAAGAAAAAAUUAUUGUAUUCAAACAGUAUAUUUUACCUAAUGUUACAAAACUUGUGAAUAAUAUUAUCGAGGAAAUGCAAGAAAUCCUAGAGAAUUUAGUUUUCAAUGAUAGUUUGAAUACUGAUAUGUCAAGCAAAGUAUUUAAACCAAAACCUAUUAAUAAAAAAUUGAAGUUAAUUUUGACAAACUUUCAAAAACAAUUUUCUUUUACAGGAAUUUAUGGUGCAAAUCUAUGCACUAUAAAUAUGUUAAUCUUCUUAGAAUCUAUGAAAAGAUUAAGGACUGAAACAAAUCUGGAAAUUAUACAUGUUUUAAAAUACCUUACGACAGGAGUAACUAAAUGUAGAAAAUUAUUAGAAGAUGAAAUGAAAAACAAUACAGAAAAAGAAAAGAUUUACAAUUAUUCAUCUGAUAAAAUUCUGGAACUUCUUAGAAUACUAAAAAAAUUUAAUGAUAAUAAAAAUAAAGAAUUGAAGUUUUGCUGCAUGAUUUUUGUACAAGAACGAUGCACUGUAAACAUAUUGUAUCAGAUCAUAAAGGCAGUAUCUAUGUAUGAUGAAGAAUAUAAAUUCUUGCAUCCAGAUAUGAUAGUUGGUGCUUCAUGUGAAUCAAUCUACAAAAAAGCAUUAUGUUUAAGAAAAUGGAGUAGGGAAUCUUUACACAGGUUUAGAAUUGGUCUGUCAAAUUGUAUUAUUACAACAGAUAUUUUAGAUGAAGGUAUAGAUAUACCAUUAUGUUCAUUAAUUAUAAGGUAUGAUAUUCCAUUAGAUGUGAGAACAUACAUACAAAGUAAAGGAAGAACACGAAGUAAAUUAGGUCAGUAUAUAAUAUUGAUGCAAGAAGGUGACAUAAAGUUCUUGGAACGAUAUAAAAAUUAUAAAAUGAUAGAACACCAUUUAAAUGAGAUUUUGAUAGGUAAGAGUAAUGAACGUAAUUUACCAACUGAAAAUGAACUUAAGGUUCAGUUAUAUUCUUAUAAAAUAGAACCAUAUAUUUCUGAUAAUUUAGAAAAGAAAUGUUACAUAACUAGCAACACAGCGAUCUUUAUAAUAAAUAAAUAUUGUCAAUCAUUAUUGAAAUGUAAAUUUGUAACUUUAUCACCUACUUGGACUUUAUAUAAUGAUUCAAAUAAAUUACAAUUUCAGGUUUCUCUUAAAUUACCAAUUGCAUCACCAUUAAGAACUACUAUUUUUGGUGAUCUCAUGUCUAAUAUUCGUGAUGCAAAGAAAUCUGUUGCUCUGAAAGCAUGUAUAGAAUUAUAUAAAAUUGGUGAAUUAAAUGAUGAUUUUGAGCCAGUUACAUUCAGUUUCCUUCAAAAAAAUCUAAAUUAUUUAUUUCCAAAUUGGAUUGAUGAGGAUGAAACAGAAAAAGCUUUUACUAUAGGAACAUACAAGAAAAAACGAUGUCAUCAAUUACAGUUUCCAUCAGUUCUAUGUGCAGCCUUUCCACUACCACAACAAAUAACAUAUCUUCAUAUUUUUCAUGUCAAACCUAAAUAUGCUAUACCACAUUAUGAUAAUCGAUAUUUGGUAUUUUAUAAUUUGUUACAUAACGACGCAGGUUUUGGAAUACUUUCUGCAAAACAAAUGCCAGAGAUACCAUCUUUUCCGAUCUUUAUGAGUGUUGGUGAAUUAGAUAUUGAUGUCAAGGUAAAUCAUACAAAAAUAUUUUUAUCCAAAGAAGAAGUUAAGUUAAUAAAAGAUUUUCAUAGCUUGAUAUUUAGUGAAAUCAUUACAGUUAUAAAGACGUUUAUGGUAUUUGAUAAUUAUAAUCUUGACAAUUGUUUUUUAAUUGUACCAGUUGAUAAAAACUGGAAUAUAAAUUGGGAAGUAAUGACACAAUACAAAUCUAUUGUGUAUGUACCACCAACAGUACCAACACCAAACAAUUUCGAAACUAAUUAUGAAUUAGCAUUAGUUAAACCCAAUUAUAGAGUUGCAGACAUUUACAUUGUUACCAAAGUAUGUGAUGAUAUUACACCAAAUUCCUGUUUCCCAACUGAUAAUUUUGUUUCUUACGCUGAUUAUUAUAAGGAAAAGCAUGGUUUGAUUAUAAAUGAUUUAGAUCAACCAAUGUUAGAAGUAAAAGCCAUAUCAAAAAAUAUUGAUUAUAUAAUGCCUAGAUUUAUGCAGCGUGAAGCUAAAAAUCCCAGAUAUGCAGAUGCAUCCAAAAAUUUGAAAGAACAUUUAGUUCCAGAGUUAUGCAUUAAAAUUAAUUUUCCAGCUUUGUAUUGGCUCAAAGCAACAAUAUUACCAUCUAUUUUACACAGAACUUCUCAACUUUUAGUUGCAGAAGAUUUAAGACAGAUUAUUGCUAAAGAAGCUAAUUUAGGAUCAUUAACAAGUAAUAAGAGGUGGAGCCCACUAACAAUAACUGAGGAAGAACAAAAUGAAACAUUUGAAUCAUUAUUAGAAACUGCUACUACAGAAAACGUUGAUGAUUUGCAAUCAGAACCAGUUUUAAGUGGACCAGAAGUAGACGUGUUAAAUGUGGAAGCAUAUCAUUAUCCAUGGUCAAAACAUGAAGAACCAUUAGAUUUAUACAAAAAUGCUACAGAAAUUCAACUAAUUCAAAUAGAAUAUUAUAUGCAAUUUAUGUAUGAAACAGAUAAUGAAAAUAGAUGCAUAAUGAAGCCUACCAUAAAUAAUUUUAAAAAUAAACCAUUAAUAUCGGUACUACCUUUGCAAAUUUUAUCAUUAAAAAAUUCGUGUGGUCCUAAUCCUGUUCAGAUACUGUAUGCUUUAACUGCUAAAUCAGGACUUGAUGCAUUUAAUUUAGAACGUCUAGAAAUUUUAGGCGAUUCAUAUUUAAAAUUUAUUGUUUCUGUAUUUUUGUACAAUAACUUUCCAAGAUAUAAUGAAGGAAUUUUAACAUCAUUAAAAGGAAAAAUAAUUGGGAAUCGUAAUCUUUGUUAUUGUGGGAUGAAGAAAAAUAUUCCAGGACGAAUGAAAGUUGAUAGUUUUAUACCUUUAAGCAAUUUCAUUGCUCCAGCUUACACAGUUUUUCGUGACUUACAAAAUAUAUUAUUAAAGUUAAAGGUAUCACCAAAUGUUUUAUAUGAAAUUGUAAUACCUCGAGGUGAACAGAUUAGUGGACUUAUAAGUGAUGACACCAAAAAUAUAAUAGAAAGAAAAAUAUUAGAUUGGGAAACAGCAGAGUUACAAACUGGUAUGGAACAUUAUCUAGGAAUACAAACUGUUUCUGAUAAAACAGUAGCUGAUUGUGUAGAAGCAUUAAUUGGUGCAUAUCUCAUUAGUCUGGGUAUUGAAGACACUGUAACAUUAUUAAAAUGGUUUCAAAUUUUACCAAAUGAUAUUAAUAUUGAUGCAUUAUUAUUGGAAUCUCCGAAAAUUGAUAUAUCUGAAGAAAAAAUAAACAAUUUAUUGCGCUGGGUUCUUGACAUAGAAACAAGGAUUGGAUAUAAAUUUAAAAAUAGAAGCUAUUUAUUGGAGGCAUAUACGCAUCCCUCGUAUACGCCAAAUAAUAUAACUGGAAGUUAUGAAAAAUUAGAAUUUCUUGGUGAUUCAGUAAUUGAUUUCUUAAUUACAGUUUAUAUUUAUGAAAAUUGCAAAAAUAUCAACCCUGGCACUCUGACAGAUUUAAGGUCUGCUCUCGUUAAUAAUAUUACUUUCGCAUGUUUAGCUGUACGACAUGGUUUACAUACUGCAUUGCUAUCUUAUACCCCACAAUUAAGUAACGUAAUAGAACGAUUUGUAAAGUAUCAAGAAGAAAGAAAUCAUGUUAUAAAUGAUGAGCUUUUAUGGAUUUUAUUAGAAGAAUGCGAAUGUAAAGUAGCUGAAUAUGUCGAUGUUCCUAAAGUUCUAGGAGAUAUAUUUGAAUCCACAAUAGGUGCAAUAUACUUGGAUAGUAAUAAAAAUCUUACGGUAGUAUGGGAAAUAAUAUAUUCCAUUAUGUAUGAUGUAAUUGAAAAGUUCAGCAAAAAUAUUCCAAAGCAGCCAAUUCGUGUUUUAUAUGAAAUUCAAGGUGCACAACCACAAUUCUUAGAUUCAAAUGUUAUUGAUAAUACAGGUAUUAUUAUGACAACUUUAAAAGUAAUUAUUGCUGGAAAGGCAAAGCUUUUUCAUGGAUUUGGUACAAAUACAAAACAAGCAAAGUGUGCUGCUGCAAAAUUAGCUUUAAAAAGCUUGUUACAUAAAAGUUAAAUAAAUAAAUAUUGUAAAAUAUGUUAAAAAUUUCCACUUACUGAUUAUUAUAACGAAUGUUAUAUAAAACCUUAUAGUUUGAUGAUU